AUGGAAGAUGGACAACAGUUGAAAGAGCUUGAGAAAGGUGUUACAGAGUUAAGGAAUACAAAAGCAGACUCGACAUGGAUAGCUGGAUAUGUAGAUGCAACAAAAGAACGUAUUUUAGCAUGGACAGAAGGAACAUACCCACAAAAAUAUCAUAGACAUAGCAUCUCUGACGUAAAUGAACUUGAAGAAAAGUUAUAUAAAAAAGCAGACAAAACAGAGCUUCAAACAUUAAAGACAGAAAUACUUCAAACAGUAUAUCCUAUAGGUUCUAUUUAUACGUCAAUGAACUCUACCAGACCAGAAGUAGUACUUGGUCUCGGAACUUGGACUCAAAUAGUCGACAGGUUUUUGUAUUGUGCAAACUCUUCAAAGGAAACAGGUGGAAGUAAAACGAUUUCAGGUGAAAAUUUACCUGCACACAGUCACUACAUAGAUUUAAGUACAUCUCAAGCAGGUUGGCAUAAGCAUAGAUAUUGGGAUUGGUCAGGAAUGACAAAAGGUAAAGGAUAUGAUGUUAAAGACGAGGUUAAGUUUGCUAUAAAUUGUUACUGGAGUGACACUCAGGGAGAUGGAAACCAUACACAUCGCGUUUCGGGAUAUACACAAACAACGGGACAAAGUAAAGAUUACAUGCCGCCAUUUAUGACAGUUUACGCAUGGUAUAGAAUUGCUUAG